CAUCGAUCGAUAAUUAAUGCUCCAGCCUCCUUCGUGUUUUUUUUUUUUUUUUUUCGUAUUUCUUGUUUUAGUACUAGAAGUUGUUUCUGAUAUAGUUUGCGUUGAACAGUGUGUGAUGGAAUUAUGUAAUAACCAUAUUGGAACGUGCAAUGCAAUUUCAUCAAUAAUGUUGGGAAAGCCAACUAUCAUGAACUUCGUAAGUGGUAACAAAUUGAUACCAACUUCAGGGCCAGCCAUGCAUUCUAGGGAGGAACGUGGAAUUUCAUACAGCAGUGACUCAUCCGUUAGCCCGCCGAAUAUCGACAUAGAUAGUAUUAAAUUGCUGAAGUCUCGUAAUCUUGAAGAGGCUGACAAGAAAGAAAUGGAAAAAUGGGCCAUGCUGGCUGGACAGGCCUCAUUCAGACUGGAAUCUUUUAUCUUUAACGAAGUUCUUCCUAAAGAAAUUUGUCGUCCGCAUGUCUUUCCAAGAACUAUUAAUGAUAUGGAGUUGCAUAUUGAACGUUGUAUACGUCUAGAGGAGAAUGAAACUACCUUGAAUAAUGCAAGAGCCAAAUGGAAGCAAUUGCGUUUACAAUUAGGAUGGAAGAACCAUCAUAGGAACGUGUUACUGAUCAUUAAAAGGAUUUAUCUAAACGUUCCAAAUCCGCUCGAGAUUGUUAGGGAGCUUGAAACUUUUGACACAAGGAGUUACGCGCAGACACGUAAAGCGUUCAGGACAGUUUUGCCAAGCACGCUGUGGAAAGAAGGGGAUGACAUUGUAAACAUGAUGAUGAAAUUACAUCUGCUCCAUGAUGAAAUAAAACCUAAUGAUAUGCUAUAACAAUGCUUGUGAUUGCCUGAGUAAACAAUUUGUUUUAUUAAUAUAUUAUUUUAGGCCAUGUGAAAAAAAAAAUUUUUGAUCGUCCCCUGCCAUACUUUAGGGAAAUUUUCCUUGUAAACUUUUUUUUGGUGAGGGGAUGGGGAUAAAUUUUCAGAAAUCCUAUUAACACUUUAAAUCCAUUUUGAUACAGGUGUAGGUUCAGGAAGUUGUAAUUGCACUACCGUAUAUGAUGAAGUCACAAUGACAGAUUGUUUGCAAUGACAAUUAGAAUGCCAAUCAGAUAUGUUUCAUCAUUAACUGAUCGCACAGAAUGGAAAUAGGUUUGUGGGCUGAUGGAGUGUUUGCCUGCCAUUGUGAACAUGUACCCAUGUCUGUUGUCCUGUAACACUAUUUUUUAAGUUCCUUAACUCAAAAUUGUUUCUCAUUUGGAAACAGGACGAUCAACAAUUUUUUUGGUGGCCUUAAUACUAUUUUGAAUGAAAUUACAAUAUGCAAGUACAGCAUGAGUUAGAGUGAUAUAUGCAAAGUAUGGAAUAAAGUCCAGAGAGUUCGGUACUCUUGACUAAAUAUUCCUUGGAAUGUGUGGAACGUUAUUAAGUUAAACCUCAGCAGAAACAUCUCUAGAUCAUUUACUAUGUAUUGUGUGUAUGGAAGCAUAUUAAAGUAUUAAUCUUUUGCAAUAAUAUAUAUAUGAAUGAUAUAAAAUUAAUUUUAUAUGAUUUAUAAACAAAGUAUCAUGAAAUGAAGGAGGUUUUUUGUUUUUUCUGUCCAGGCGGUGAAUAUUUAUUGACUUAAUAAGCUGGCAUUUGUAAGGCUAGACUUUGUAAUCAGGAAGUUUGACGAAUUUGAACAGUUGUUUAUUGGCCAGUUGGUUACUUCAAACUGCUUGUCAGUUUCUGUUAACCUUUUAGCAUAUAUAUCAUUACUGUUAUACAUUUUAGGCAGGCUGUGUGUCUUUGGAACUGUACAGUAUAUACCGUAAUUAGAGAGAAAGAAAUAUUUAAAAAAUAUGUUUUUGAAGUAUUUUGGAAUACAGUAAGAUGCUUAUGGAAAAAAAUUGAGCCUAAUUCAUGAAAAAUGUAUUCAUAAACACUAUACAAAAUUAUGGAAUUAUAGCUAUUUUUUUUAUAAGGUAAAAGAAAUACAGUAGUAUAAUUAAAUUAUGCAUAUAGGCUUUCAUAUUGUAAUUAAUUUCUUAUACACUUUUGUAUAUUUAGAGAUAUGAUUUGUGUCAGAAGGAAGGUUUGAUAAAAUUAAUUUCAAGAGUUAUCAUGAAUUUUUCUAAAAGAAAUGUUUUGUGCAAUUUUUUUGUGUGUAAACCAAAGUUUUUUUGUUGUUUUUUUUUUUCUUUUUUUUUUACAAUUAAUUUUUCAAGUUUGGAAUUCAGCUACUUCUGGGAGAUCUGGUUUAAUGAAUGAAAUUAUUUAACAUAGUACAAUAUUCCCAGCCAGCAGCAUUCAGGGAGGCAGUUGAUAAUACAAGAGCAGAAACAUGCAAAUACAGUGUACAGUAUAGAAUUUUGCUCAUUUGCUCCCCUUCCCCCAUAAAUCAUAAUGCACUUGUCUCUGGCCAUAAAGUAUUUACUAGUGUCUAGUCUGUUGUCUACCUGUAGCAUCACUGUCUAAACUCCACAAAUAGAAUGCUUGGUGGUGUAUUUGUGGUGCAAUGGUUUUCAGGAUCUGGUCUUGUGUGCGGCAUUGUGUUUUUUUUUAACAAUCAAAAUAUUGACAUUAUUCACAAGUACUUCCUGUAAACACAGAUGGGGAAAAACAGACCUCAAAAAUGUCUAUGAAUAGUAAAUAAACAUUCUCAAUUCAAGCCAUAUUAUUAUAUAUAUAUAUAUAGGACAUCUGAAUGUUUUUUUCUGGAGUGCAGCUAUGCAUGGGUAUAUAAUAACCAAGUUUGUGUAUUGACAGUAGGCUUGUAAUAAUUAAUUAACUAUUUUUAAAGGAAUGUGUUAUUUGUUAAUACGUUGCCAAGAUAUGGUGCAGGAUUGUUUGUACAGUAAAAUUAUGUUAGCAUUGUAGCAUAAUGCAACCAUUGUAUUAUGCAAUGCUGUCAGGUAUGAUGUCGCAGUCUUGUCUGCAAAAUUAUAACAAUGCCUAUAAAAUGCAUUGCCCGAGACAGUUCAGAAACAGUUUUGUUUUUUAAACAUUUAACAAUUUGGCUAUACUCUAUAUGGAAACCAAUUUAGGUCUUGAACAUAAAACUAUAAAUUGUAUAUUAUAAAAAUAGUAAUGUAGAUCAAAUGGCUGUCAUAAACACUAAUUACGGUAUAUAAUACCAUGUGAUUUUUAUUGCACAGGUUGUAUUUAUCAAGCACAAAACAAAAUUCAAGAUUAAAAAAAAAAAAACAAAGCUGAAGGUACUGUACAUGUUUAAAAACAUUCACAAUUCGUAUACAGUGAAAUCUCUACAAAAGCCUACUACUGUACUGUAUGUGUUAAUGCACUAAUCGUGUGUUGUGGUAUUUUAUGGUCUUUAGCCCAAUUUAUAUACAGCACUUGGAAAUGGUGCUGUUUUUACAUAAAACUGUAUGGGACAAACUGAAGAAAGUGAUACUCGAAGCCAUCGAUAUAUUCAAAUUACCGUAUUCGUUCAAAUGAAUAAAGUUCAAAAUAUAAAAUCAAGUAUGGUUAUCACCUAUCAUUUUCAGUAGAGUUUACCCCAUACUGUCGUAUGUUGUGAAUCCUGUGGUGCUGUUUUGAUGUUCUGUAAAUUGUGCUGAUACUAUUGUCAGUUUGUUGUUUUUGGUUUUUUUUUUUUUUCUUUUUGCCGUUCAGAGGGUUUGAUGUGCUACGGACCUUAAUGGACAUUUAAAUAAAGGAAAUAAAUUCAUUUUAACAUCUA